AUGUUAUCAGUGAAAAGAUUCCCGGCACUUUCAGCGUCAAAAUUUCAAAAUAAACUACAUUUUAAUCUGAGUAAUUAUGUCUUAGGAAAGCAAGUAAACAAACAUUGUGAAAGUAAGAUGUUGAAAUUAUGUAGAUCGUUCUCUGUUUUACACAAUUUGACCGCCAAAUCUAAGAAUCCGCAACUCAGAACCUUCAAUGCAGAAUAUAAAGCUGCUUGUGCAUUACUUAAGAGGUCACAACUUCCAAGCUUGGACUCUUUCAUCCACAGCAUAAGCACAAGGGGCAUCCACACUACACAAACCAACCAUAACCAACAAGAUGAUAAAGAUAAGCAUAAAAAAGACAAGAAGAAUAAUGAACUCUCUUCUCUAUUCAUGAAAGCAGUUUUUUGGAUGCUCACAACUUGUAUUUUAAUUAUCAUGAGUACUCUGCUUGUACCGAGUGACACUCCACAGAAUGAGGUAAUACGAUAUGUGUCCUGGAAUGAAUUUGUUUACUCGAUGCUGGCGAAAGGUGAAGUUCAAGAGUUGAUAGUACGACCCGAUAUGGAAGUUGUCACAAUUAUACUUUAUGAGGGCGCCAUCAUCAAAGGAAGGCGGGCAAACAACAGAGUCUUUCACAUAAACGUUGGCGACAUACACAGAUUCGAAGAAAAGCUACGGGAAACCGAGAAGAACCUAGGAGUCAAAGAAGGUGUUCGUGUUAUAUACGACAGAAACGGGAGUGUAGCCGGUAAAGUUAUAACUACCCUACUCAUUGGCGCUGUCAUUUUGUCCUUCUUAUACUCGACUAAGAGUAUGAAAAUGAAUAUAAAUCUCGGUGGAUUCAGCCAACUGGGCAGAGCUAAGUUCACUCUAGUGGAUUCUAUGACCGGUCAAGGCAAAGGUGUGAAAUUUGAAGACGUCGCCGGUCUUAGGGAAGCCAAAAUUGAAGUUAUGGAAUUCGUGGACUAUCUAAAGAGGCCGGAGCAUUACAAGAAUUUGGGUGCAAAGGUACCAAAAGGUGCGCUUUUGCUUGGCCCGCCCGGCUGCGGGAAAACGUUGCUGGCUAAGGCGGUGGCCACAGAGGCCAACGUUCCGUUCCUGUCUAUGAACGGUUCAGAGUUCAUCGAGAUGAUCGGAGGCUUGGGGGCCGCUAGAGUCAGAGAUCUGUUCAAAGAGGCAAGCUCUCGUAAGCCCUGCAUCAUAUACAUAGACGAGAUGGACGCGGUGGGCAGAGCCAGGGCUUCCGGUACGUCCUCCUGGGGUCCAGGCGGAGGGGAGUCGGAGCAGACCUUGAACCAGCUGCUUGUGGAAAUGGACGGCAUGAAGAGUAGGGAAGGAGUCGUUGUGUUGGCUUCGACUAACAGAGCUGAUGUGCUCGAUAAGGCGCUCCUCAGACCUGGCAGAUUCGAUCGCCACAUAUUAAUCGACCUGCCCACCCUCCAAGAGCGCGAGGAAAUUUUCGAACGACAUCUAAAAAGCAUUGUACUAGAAGAGCUGCCAACGUAUUACAUAAAGAGAUUGGCCUAUCUUACGCCCGGAUUUAGUGGUGCAGAUAUAGCUAAUGUGUGUAAUGAGGCCGCCUUGCAUGCCGCAAGAUUCAAACAGAACAUUGUGAAGGCAGCUAAUUUAGAAUACGCCGUUGAAAGAGUUGUCGGUGGUACCGAGAAACGUAGUCACGCCAUGUCGCCGGCCGAGAAGAGGAUAGUCGCCUACCACGAGUCCGGUCACGCACUCGUCGGCUGGCUGUUGGAACACACGGACGCUUUAUUGAAAGUUACAAUAGUGCCUAGAACGAACAUGGCUCUAGGUUUCGCUCAGUACACCACGUCGGACCAGAAACUCUACACUAAAGAAGAGCUAUUCGAUCGUAUGUGCAUGGCGCUGGGCGGCCGCGCUUCUGAAGCCAUAACCUUCAAUUCAAUAACAAGCGGUGCGCAGAACGAUUUGGAGAAAGUCACGAAAAUAGCCUACGCUCAGGUGAGAGUCUAUGGGAUGUCGCCAACGGUUGGUCUCGUCUCCUUUCCCGAUAUCAACGAACGUGGCAAGAGUCCGUUCAGCAAGACCCUCAAGAACCUGAUAGAUCUGGAAGCCAGGAAGAUAAUAGCGAACGCUUAUUACAGGACCGAAGAUAUAUUGAGAACGAAUCAAGAUAAACUGAAGAAGCUCGCCGAAGAGCUUCUCAAGAAGGAAACAUUAAACUUCAACGAAGUUCAAGGUAUAUUAGGUCCACCACCCUUCCCCGGGAAGAAGUUCAUCGACCCCGUAGAAUUCGAGAACAGCCUCAAGAAUAUGGAAAAGGCGGCAUCCUCUGAAGAGGGCACGCCUGUCGGAGCGCCAUCAGCGAAACCAGAGUCGCAGCCUGGGUUGUGAGAUAACCCACAUAUGGCCUCAUUCGUGUAGAAUAUAACAGUAUAGCAGCGUUUUAUUUUGAUGUAAUUAACAUAUCGACGCUUGAAAGGCAAACGUGACUAAGCGACAAUAACUGCUUUAUGCAUAAAUGAUAGGCAA